CAGCUAGAACGAAAAACCCUACUUUAAACAUGUUGCGUAUGGUGGUUUUGCCUUUGUUGAUAUUUUUAUUCUCCAUGGCAUGUAUGGGUCAAACAUUCCAAUAUUCCAGAGGCUGGACUAAUGGCAAAAGAGCUAACACCGCCACAACAUUAAACAAUCUCUUUCACAAAGAUGAUGAAAGCAUUUCCGAGUUGUUUGAAGUGCAGGAUGCUAAUGAAAGAAGAUUGGAAAGAUGUCUUUUACAACUACAACGUUUUGUUAGAAAUCCUUUACUUAUACAUUCAACUGCUGCCGCUUUAGCUUUAAAUCCUUCCGCCCCAGCUAGUCAAAAUGGUAAUGGUAAUGGCAGAGGCAGUGGCAACAACAACAAUAACAUGAACACCAACAAUCCAUAUGGCAGGAAUCAUCAAUCAAAUGAAUUGUUUGAAGAACUUGGUGGUGCUGGUGGCACAAUAAUCGAUACAAAUGAUUAUACGAAACAUUAAAAUAUUUCACAUCUCUUCCAUUAUGAGAUGUUGCCAAACAAUGAUGAAGAUAAUGAUGAUGCUGCUGAUAGAUUUAAAGCCAAAGGAGUUUAAGU